CAGUAGAGAGAAGAAGGUAAAAAGAGGAAAUUAAAGUGAGAGACGUAGUGAUUUGCGAAGAUUCUGAAGGAAUUUCAAAGUCUGAAGAGUUCGAAAAUGUCAUACGGAACUUCGCAAGAUGAAAGGAACCAGAAGAGAGAUAUAAUGACUGUCAAUUUACGAAGCGACACAUUCACGAAGCCAUGUCUAGCCAUGAGGCAGGCCAUGUUUGACGCAGAAGUGGGCGAUGAUGUCUAUAAUGAAGAUCCAACAGUAAUAAGAUUAGAGAAAUAUGUUGCGGAGUUACUGGGAAUGGAAGACGCACUAUUUGUAUCAAGUGGAACGAUGGGAAAUCUAAUCUCCAUGAUGGUGCAUUGUAACAUUCGUGGCUGUGAAAUCUACAUCGGCGAGGACUCGCACAUUGUGCACCACGAGCAAGGAUCAGCAGCUCAAAUAGCUAACAUUACCAUCUGCCCCCUUCCGAACAAUCGUGAUGGUACAUUCGACCUGCAAAAACUGAAAUUAAAGUUAAGAGAUCCUGACAAUUACCACAGCCCAAUUUCCCGGAUGAUUGGAGUGGAGAACACUCUAAAUGGCAAGAUAUUACCGAUGAAAUGGAUCAAGGAGGUGGUGGCAUUUAGCAAGGAACACAAACUGAAACUUCACAUGGACGGUGCGAGGAUAUGGUACGCCUCGAUAAUCGGCGGGAUUCCCAUCAAAGAAAUGGUCGAGGGCUUUGACUCAGUGACCUUCUGUUUGAGUAAGAUAGGUACCCCAGUAGGAUCGAUGCUCUGUGGUUCCAGGGAAUUCAUCAUUCAGGCGAGAAGAACGAGAAAAGCUCUAGGAGGUGGAAUGCGUCAAGUCGGAGUUCUAGCUGCUUGUGGGUUCGUGGCACUGAACAACCUCCCUAAUCUUAUCAAUGACCAUCUGAAAGCUGUUGCCAUGAUGAACGCUAUCAACGAAUUGGAGUCUGAUAUUUUUAAAGUACAUCCCAUCGAUGCACAGACCAACAUGGCUUGGAUCACUGUCGAAGAAACCAAUGAGAUCACUGCACCCAAGCUAGCAAAACGACUUGGAGAGGUUGUGGAUGAGCAUGAGGAUGAUCAGGUCAGGGUCUUAGCUUGGUCUGUGCAACCCAGGACUGUUAGACUAUCCUUCCAUUUGGAUGUUUCUCAGGAAGAAGCCGAGGCUGCACAGAGGAAAAUUAGAUAUGUGAUUAGGAAGAUGGAUCCUAAGUGCAAGUGAAUUAAUUGCAUAAUUAUGUUAAAUGUGAUGUAUUAAAUCACAUAGUUGCCAUAUUACACAUUUGCCAACGUUCGUUAAUGUCAGAUGAUUAUUUGUGAGGCACAAAUGGUAAAAGUUUAUUUGCAAUAAAGAAUGCAUCUCAUA